AUGGAGGGUCGGAUGGAGGCGGGCAUUGUUUUUGAUAUGGAAGAAAGCAGUUUUGGUGAUAGGAUCUCGUUGGUCAGCAGCUUCGCGGCGUCCCUCUUCCUCGGAGGUUACGCCUCCAUCGACUACAGCGACGGCUCGGGGAUGAACCUGCUGGACAUCCGGAGCAGAAACUGGUCUCAGAUCUGUUUGGAGGCGGUUUCUCCUCAGCUGGACCUCCUGCUGGGAGACCCCAAACCCUCCUCCUCCAUUCUGGGUCCCGUCUCCUCGUACUUUGUGCAGCGAUACGGUUUCUCUGAGAGCUGCAGAGUGGUGGCUUUCACCGGAGACAACCCAGCGUCUCUGGCAGGCAUGAGGCUGCAGCAGGGAGACAUCGCCGUGAGUCUGGGCACCAGCGAUACGGUGUUUCUCUGGAUCGCGGAUCCUCGCCCGGCGCUGCAGGGUCACGUGUUCUGUAACCCCGUCAGAGAGCAGGCCUUCAUGGCUCUGCUCUGUUUUAAGAACGGCUCUCUGACGAGGGAGCGCGUCAGGAACCAGUGUGCAGGUGCAUCAUGGGAACUUUUCUCCGCCGCCUUGAGAGACACGCCGCUGGGAAACGGAGGAAACAUUGGCUUUUAUUUUGACAGUCAGGAGAUCACGCCUCCUGCAGUCGGAGUUCAUCUCUUCGACCCUCAGGACGUCCAGGUGUGCUCCUUCAGUCCUCAGGUGGAGGUGCGCUCGCUGGUCGAGGGUCAGUUUCUGUCUCGGAGGCUCCAUGCUGAGCGGCUGGGAUACUCCAUCAACUGCAGUGAGCAGCAGUGGCAACUAAACCCAAAUCCACUCAGCUCUCCCCUGAUGAUAUGGGAUGGAUGGAACCUGGAGGACAUGGAGAGAGAUGUGGAGGGAGGGCGCUGGGUUUCUCCUUGGCAGUGCCACUUGACAGGCCUGGUGCUUUCAGGGCCCCUCACACAGGAGCUUAUUCGCCAGAAGGUGCUCCACUCCGAGGGACACGUCUACUGCCGGGGGAAGGCGUUAUUACGUCGGGAGGGCGCUCCACUUUCUGGGAACCGCUCUUACUCCGGAGCGCUCUACUCGCUCGGGAGUGCUCCACUCCGAGACGUUCCACUCGGAGGUGCUCCACUCCAACGUUCUACUUCCGUUCGCUCCACUCCGGGACGCUCCACUCCGGUGAGGUGCUCCAUCGGAGACGUUCAACUCCGGGGAGGUGCUCUACUCCGAGGUCUCACCUCCGAGACGUUCAACUCCGAGUUCUACUCCGUGGGGAGGUGCUCCAUCCGGGCGGAGUACGUUCAACUUCCGGCGGGAGGCGCUCUACUCGGGAGGGUGCUCCACUCCGGGGGAGACGUGUCUACUCCGGGAGGCGCUCUAUUCCCGGGGCUGGUGCUCCACUCCGGGGGACGACGUUCUACCCAGGGGGAGGCGCUCUACUUCAGCGGAGGUGGCUCCACUCCGGGGAGACGUUCUACUCCGGGGGAGGGGCGCUCUACUCCGGGGGAGGUGCUCCACUCCCGGGGGAUUGCGCUCUAA